CGAACUUGAAAAAGGUGAAUAUAUCUAACAUUUAGUCAAUUGAUCACCAGCGUCAUGUUUGGAGCAUUGGUAUUCACUCUGGCAAUAGCCAUCGCACAAUCCCAAACCAAUCCAACAUGCAGAUUCUCUGCUCCUGCAAGCAAUUUCAGGCCAUCCAUGUACCAAGGUAGAUGGUAUGAAGUAGGAAAGAUGCAAACUGCAGGUGGAGCAUUUUGGCAAGAGGGAUGCCAUUGUACUUAUACAGAGAUCGAGGCUGUUCCUAACAAUUCCGAAGGGGAUCAAAAUGUAGCAUAUUUCUGCAAUUUAGAUGCCCCCAACGGCGAGGUUAGCGCCGUCGAUGGAUUGCUUUACAAUAUGAGUCGACCAGGAGAAUGGAAACAACGCUUGCUUCCGUUUGUGCCACCUGUUGAUUAUCGUGUAAUUGUCAUUGAUGACCAAGGGGAGGAAUAUGCCAUCUCGUAUGAUUGCGGUACUUCAUCCUCAGUCACAAACUACUGUGUUCACAUCCUAUCAAGAGCCCCAACUCUGAACGAGGACAUCGUACAAAUGCUUGUCAGGAUAGCCAACGAAAUGGACCUGAACCCAGAGAAUCUUCCAUUUGAAAGAACACCAAUUGAAAACUGCACAUAUGAUUAAAUGUCUGAACGAGGACAUCGUACACAUGCUUCUCAGGAUAACCAACGAAAUGGGCCUGAACCCAGAGAAUCUUCCAUUUGAAAAAACACCAAUUGAAAACUGCACAUAUGAUUAAAUGUCUGAACGAGGACAUCGUACAAAUGCUU